GGCAGGGCAGGGCCGGGGCCGGGGCCGGGCGGGGCGAUGGCGGCGCCGGAGACGAAGAUCAUUUACCACCUGGACGACCAGGAGACGCCUUACCUGGUCAAGCUGCCGCUGCCGGCCGAGCGGGUCACGCUGGGCGACUUCAAGGCGCUGCUCAACCGGCCCAACUACAAGUUCUACUUCAAGUCCAUGGACGACGAUUUCGGCGUGGUGAAAGAGGAAAUUUCGGACGACAAUGCAAAACUUCCCUGCUUCAAUGGGCGAGUGGUGUCGUGGCUGGUGUCCGCUGAGGGAUCUCAUUCGGAUGCUGGGUCCGUUUGUGCCGAAAGCCAGCCGGAACUGCCACCUUCCAUCGAGCGAACCGGAGGCAUCGGAGAUUCCAGGCCUCCUUCGUUUCACCCAAAUAGUGGGGGAAGCCGGGAGAACCUGGACAAUGAGACGGAGACAGACUCUGUGGUGUCAGUUCAGAGGGAACGACCACGCAGGAAGGAGGGUCCAGAACAUGCUCCCAGGGUGAACGGGAUGACCAAGGGGGACCGGCGGCGGGAACUGGGGGGCUAUGAAAGCUCCUCCACCCUGAUGAGUAGUGAACUGGAGACCACCAGCUUCUUUGAUUCCGAUGAGGAUGAAUCCACCAGCAGGUUCAGCAGCUCGACAGAACAAAGCAGCGCCUCGCGUCUUAUGAGGAGACACAAACGCCGUCGGCGGAAACAGAAAGUAGCCCGAAUUGAGAGGUCUUCGUCCUUUAGCAGCAUCACCGAUUCUACCAUGUCGCUGAAUAUCAUCACCGUUACGCUCAAUAUGGAAAAAUACAACUUCCUGGGCAUCUCCAUUGUUGGGCAAAGCAACGAACGUGGUGACGGAGGCAUCUACAUUGGUUCCAUUAUGAAGGGAGGCGCUGUGGCAGCUGAUGGAAGAAUUGAACCUGGAGACAUGUUGCUGCAGGUGAACGAUACCAACUUUGAGAACAUGAGCAACGAUGAUGCCGUACGAGUGCUGAGGGAAAUUGUGCACAAACCAGGGCCCAUCACGUUGACGGUCGCCAAGUGCUGGGAUCCGAGUCCCAGGGGCUGCUUCUCGUUACCCAGGAUUGCUCCCCAGCGAAUCUGGGCUGGGCCAGACUCUCCGUGCUCCGAUCCGGGUGAGCCUAUCCGACCCAUCGACCCGGCGGCUUGGGUGUCCCACACCGCGGCGAUGACCGGCACCUUCCCUGCGUACGGUAUGAGCCCAUCCAUGAGCACAAUCACUUCCACCAGCUCUUCCAUCACCAGCUCCAUCCCAGAAACGGAACGUCUCGACGAAUUCCACCUCUCCAUCCAUAGUGACAUGGCCACCAUCGUGAAAGCCAUGGCCUCGCCCGAGUCGGGCUUGGAGGUGCGUGACCGCAUGUGGCUGAAGAUCACCAUUCCCAGUGCCUUCAUUGGUUCCGAUGUGGUCGACUGGCUGUACCAUCACGUGGAGGGCUUUACCGACCGGCGAGAAUCCCGCAAGUACGCCAGCAACCUGCUGAAGGCUGGUUAUAUCCGACAUACGGUCAACAAAAUCACCUUCUCGGAGCAGUGCUACUACAUCUUCGGAGACCUCUGUGGAAAUAUGGCCAACUUAUCGUUGCAUGACCAUGAUGGAUCUAGCGGGGCCUCCGACCAGGAUACGCUGGCUCCGUUACCUCACCCAGGAGCGGCCCCCUGGCCCCUAGCUUUUCCUUACCAGUAUCCACCUCCACAUCCCUACAACCCCCACCCCGGCUUCCCUGAGCCGGGUUACAGCUACGGAGGGGGCAGCGCAGGAAGCCAGCACAGUGAAGGAAGCCGCAGCAGCGGUUCAAACCGCAGUGGCAGCGAGAGACGGAAGGACCGAGACCCCAAAGCCGGGGAAUCCAAGUCGGGUGGAAGCGGCAGCGAAUCUGACCACACCAGCCGUAGCAGCAUUCGACGGGAGCGAGCGGCCAGCGAAUGCUCCGUGCCGGGCAGCCAACGUAGCCAUCACUCCAUGGCUCACAGCGUCCGCAGUCACCACAGCCAGCAGUCUUACGGCCCUCCUGGCCUCCCACCUCUCUACAACCCUCCCAUGCUCCUGAUGCCGCCACCCCCUUCUGCCCUGGGACCUCCUGGGGCUCCCCCGGGCCGAGAUCUGGCCUCGGUGCCCCCUGAACUGACCGCCAGUAGACAGUCAUUCCGAAUGGCCAUGGGCAACCCUAGUGAGUUUUUUGUGGAUGUAAUGUGAAGAUCCCUCCCUCCCUCUCUCCCUCCUUACCUCCCUCCCUCUGCCUGUCUGGGCUGCCCCCCACCCCAAAGUCGGUUUGUCUCCUAGAAAGAGCACACUCAGUGUGAAAUGCAUUUCUUGUCUGCCUGUAUCACUCUCCGUCUCUCUGUCUCCCUCUCUGUUUCUCUCUCUCUCUCUCUCUUUCUCUGUUUUGUUUUUUGACUUGGCAUUUAUGGAAAGGGGUUGAGGAAAUCAACUGAACUAAACCAGCGGUCCCCAUCCUUUAUGGCUUGGGGUGGGUGGGAGAGGGGAACUGGCUCACCGCUAGUGCAAGGCCAGCCAUCCAGCCAGCCAGUCACUCUUGCGACCCGCUUCUGAACAGGCGCGUGGCUCAUUAGCGGGCUGCAGCCUGGGGGUUGGGGACCCCUGAACUAAAACUGUUUGAUUCUAAUCUUUUCCCGCAAGUGUCUCUCCAGAAGCUUCUCCUCAUAUGUGAUUGCAGAAAAGAACAGCCCCUAACCCAGCUUGUAUUUUUACCUGUUAACCUGCACGCUAAUCCAUUAAUCUGCACCCACCCGGGACCUCCGCUGCUCGCCCGUUGUUGUCAUUUUUUUUCCACGCCACCAGCCCUAAACACCUGCCCUCUUUCUCCUCCUCGCCCCUCUUGUGUUCCUCUCUGCCGAGCAGCCAAGAAUUAUGGGGUCUUUGACUUCCUUUGAGCUGGCCCGUCGUGGUUGGGGAGAGCCGCAGCAUGCGGUGGUGGUUUGGUUCCUCCUGCCUCCAGGAGAGGAAGACACAGAGCCUUUUCAGCCCUGCUUAGGGGCAGAAGAUGACUUCUUGGUUUUGGAAGACGUCCUUCCUCAUCCGUCAGCCCGGGGAGGGAAGCAGGGCUGAGCUCCGCCUGUGUCCCUCUUCGGCAGCACCAUGGCCUUCACCCGCGGGACACUUGAGACGGACCUGCUGGAUGGUGGCGACUUCCCCUUCUUUGCUGAAUCCUCAAACUGGGGUGAAGGUUUUCCUAGGGAAAAAACACUGGAGGCUAAACUUGGUAUUUGGCUGCCUGAUGUCUGGAAGAAAUCCAGGACGAGAAGGCCAGGACGCCGUCUCCACUCUAAGGCUAGGUUCCUCAAGAUAUCCAAAACUUUUUUUUUUCUUCUGAAAAAAAUAAAAAUAAAACUAUAAUACCAUUGAGUAAAUGCAAAAAAAAAAAAGAA